CCCCAAAGUUCAGUAAAUCCCAGAGCUGGGUGGUUUGGGAGGAACAGACUUGUGACCAAAUAGAUCGUCUGUAUCGAGCCAUCGGAUCCCGGAUGCCUCUGAAGACCUUAUAUAUGGGCCAGACAAUAAAACUGCUGGAUUUUGUAGGUAGAUGUCACAUUACAUUAUUAGAUGAAAGGAAGAAACCGGCCCCCGGCUCAGUGAGCUAUCAGAAGGAGACUUACACUCUGGCUGUCUGCUGUAAGGACGGCUGGGUGGGAUUUAAGGCCGUGCUCCUAAAGAAAAGACUGACAGCGGACGACUUUUAUAACGGCUACCUGCAUCAGACGAUGCAGAACAACAAACACUGUCAGACCGCCGAAAAACUGUUUGUAAGCAAAAAACAAGGAACUGAAACUCAUCAGAGGCGAAACAACUCGACAUCGUGAUGCAAAAACAAUCAUUUCCUUCCUUUAUGUGAACUCUGCAUAUACGACAUCGCCUCAUGUAAUUUACAGUCAUUUGUUAUCUUGUCUGUUUUAAGACAUCUGCAUGUGCAGUAGAUUUACUGUACUGCUGUAUAUUGUGUCGUUGUAUACGACUGCUAUACUGUUCAUUUAUUUGCAAUAAAUAAAUGUGCUGUUGGCUGGCA